UCGGUCCUCAGUAUUUCGAAAACCGAUCAAAAUGAAAGUAGUUCUUGUGUGUUUGGUUGGCGUUUUUGCCACUUUGGUGGCAUUUACAUCAGGUGAACUAGCACAAAUUUGUUUGCCUCCUGUUCCUUUCUGCCUUCUUGAAAACAAUUGUGUGUGUACGAGUAAAAAGUCUCCCAUUCCGACUGAAGAAACGCCACAGUUGAUAAGUCUAACCUUCAGUGAAUCCGUCACGGACGAUUUAUACACUAAUCUGUGGGCGCCACUGCUCCUCGGACGCACAAACCCCGACGGGGCCCCCAUAAGUGCGACGUUUUUCGUCCCCCACGAGUACAGCGACUACCGCAGAGUCCACGAUUUGUACGCAAACGGCUUCGAAAUCGGCGUAAACUCCAUAACUUCGAACUAUUCGGAGUUGUAUUGGGCGACUGCGUCAGUAGAUACGCUCGUACAAGAAUUCGACGGACAACGAACCAUCAUUUCCCACUUUGCUACCAUCCCUGGGGAAGAUAUCGUGGGUGUGCGAACCCCACAACUCCAGCUACAAGGCGACGUUUCUAUAGACGCCUAUGUGGCUGCUGGGUUUGAGUACGACAGUUCGUGGUCGUCUACCAGUUCAGAUCGAUAUUUUCCGUAUACUCUUGACUAUUUGUCGCAUCAGGAGUGUCGGCUUGGUACCACUUGUCCCAUACAGUCGCACCCUGGGUUUUGGGUCGCUCCGAUUAUAGAUCGCUAUGUUUAUAGGGAUGAUGGUUCCUGGGUGGACUGUAACAAUCUUAGCACCUGCUACGUGAACGGAACUAGUGACGAGAUCGCUGAGUGGUUACUAGAGCAAAUAGAGCUUGGACGUUCUUAUAACAGAGCUCCAAUAACACUGAUCGUACCCUCAGAUUGGUUCCGGAUGAUUGACAAUAGUUACUACGGGUUCGCUAAAUUUUUAGAUACGGUGGGAACCAUGGACGAUGUAUUCCUUGUCAAUUUGAAGCAAGUUGUAGACUGGGCGAAAAAUCCAGUUCCGUUGAGCGAGUUUAAAACAGCUGUGACAACACCAGAAACUGAGUGUUAUCCAAAUACUUGUAACUUACGGACCGCCGCCGGGGAGGUUAGGUACCUAACCAUGUGUGUCAGAGAUGGCGGAUAUUGCCCAGACGUGUACCCAUGGUUGGGCAACCCUCUAGGCGAAAUCCAAAAAGAAGCCUAAUUCUCACACUAUUUUAAACCUAGUAGUACUUACAAAAAAACUGUUAAAUCAAACUUAUACCAGGACUUUUCUUCUCCCAUUCCUCGCUUAAUCCGACGACAUCUGUCCCCCUCAAACAAACUUACUAAACUUAAUAAAAUCACUUUAUUCUCCUUAAAA